CAGUGGUUUUUGCGGUACUCGCGUACAGUGGUUGUACCGUGCCCGCUCAACGCACACCCCUGCACAUUGGUGGGCUGCUCCCGUUGUCGGAAAAGGACGGCUGGAGCCGAUUUUUCGGCCACAGCGCCUUGGUGGGUGCACGACAGGCAAUUGAGGACAUCAACAACAGAGACGAUGUGUUGACAAACUACACUCUCAUCUUGAACGUUUCCGAUACAGAGGCAAGCAUGCCCGUGGCCUUGAAUAGGUUCUACGAGUUCGUGUACGAACCACCCGUCAAAGUAGCCAUAUACGGACCGUUCCUGUCCUCUUUAACAGAAGUAGUCGCCGAAGUGAUUGGGAAAUGGAACAUCGUUGAGAUGUCACCGUCAGCGACUACACCCGUGCUGAGUGAGAGAGAGAGGUAUCCCCACAUCUACCGCAUGAUCACCUCAGCGGCCGGCUUCUCCUCGGCCGAGUUCCGUAUGUGCCGCCUCUUCGGAUGGAACAAGAUUGCGACCCUGCACGAGACAACGGAGCCGCAUGUUGGAACGAUACACGAACUUCAGAGGUUGAUAUCGACAAGCAAUUUAUCCAUUAUCGCUGCCGAGAGCUUCUACAAGGACCCGUACGAAGCGAUGGAACGACUCAAGCUUUGAAGGACGAUCAGUUCUUUACAGUUAACACAAAUGGAAAUCAAGGACAGGAAGAAGCGGGAAACACCUGAGAUUAAAAAAUCUAAUUGUGCCGUCAGUGCUUAAAAAACAUGGGUUUUUUGGCUGGGGCUUGAAAUUACACACGACUCUAUGGGAACUGUCUGUGGCCACUACCAUAGACCCGUGCGGAAUUUCAGGCCACAACCAAGUAAUUCGGACACGACCUUAGCUCAUGUAUUUCAAAAUGGUUGUGACCAGGCUUAUGAAGGGGUGUAUGAAAGGAUUGAGGGACGUGACCAUAACACCGGUUAUAGACAACUCUCAUUUCGCCUUAAAACUUGUAUCGGCGGCCAAAGUUUACAGAAAUAUCACCUGCUGGCUGGUUUUUCGAUUUUACCUCCAAUUUGUUCUAAAUGGACAUUUAGAUUGCUAGAUAUCUCAAUGAUUUUAGGGUUGUAUUUCAAAUUUCAUAUUUAGUAGUACGUAUCCUUUUAUCUGGUCUUCUGACAGAUGAGUGGGUUGCUUAACACUUAGUGAAUCAUUCUUUCACUUUUGUCCCGACGGCUGACCAUAGUUUUAUUGGCCACUUGAAGGAAAAAUAUGAUUGUGAUGUCACAACAAUAGACCGUAUACCUGGCAAAAUAUGAGACGGGCGGGUACCUCCCACACACGCGCACCACCCAACCGUAUAGACACUCUAGACCAUUGUUAUGCACGUCCCCCCUAGAAGAAUUCCUGAAAAGAAUUCCUGAGAUUCGGGUCAAACAAUAACCAAAACGGGGGGGGGUUGUCUCCACCCCACGUCUUGUUUCAAAUGUCAGGUGAUGUGCGUGCAAGCGCCAUUUAAAUGAUUAAAAGGGCCAGGGGAUAACUCCCUUCUUUCUAUUAUGGGCAAAGGAAAAGUUUACAUAUUAAACCGAGCUAGGAACAGCUGAGAUCUUGGGAGCGGCUCAAGACUUCAUCUCUCAACUGACUGCUGGACAUUAGAUCCUCCCAAAACUCGUCGGAUAUACUGGUAUUGGCCAGCCAAACACUAAAUCACAGCCACGGAAGAUAGUAGCGCCAGCCCUGCCCCUAAGGGAAAUUAUGAAAUCAGGGAAUGACAGGAAAAAUCUUGUUUCCAUUUCAGAGUAAGGACGUCAGGGUCAUCGUUGCGAGCUUCUAUGAAAAAAUGGCUCGGAGGGUUUUUUGCAGUGUGAGUAGUUUUUCGUUACCGGUAGCUCGCUUUUGGAUCAAUUUUGAUUAAAAUAUUAUAUAAAAUGCUCUUGCUUCAAGGAGCCAUUGUUUUCUCUCUGCUAUAAGCACAGGAAUUUGGUGAGCAUGUAUACAGUAUUUUUGUCAAAAAGCAAAUAAGAAAUGUUCGAGACCAUAGAAAUUAGGCUACUGCCAAGAUGUUGAUAAUAAAACCCAGUCACUGCAGCAGAUAGGGGAGGGGGGCUGUUCUUGAUCUUGGAGAUCCAUUUUAAUUGUUUGGUCCUUGGUUACAGCAGAGAUCCAGUGACGUAUAAUUCGUCUCUCUGGAAAUAUGAGAACGAGCAAUGAGCGGAGCGGGCUUAGCCUGAAAUUGUAUGUUAUGAGAUUCGCUUUGUACAUACUUCAAUAAAUCAGUUUAAGUAGCAGGGCCUGAGACCUUUUUUGUUUGACUGCGCCGUCAUUGAUGGUGACCCAGAAAUGCUAUUGUGUUCUUUGUUCACUUUGCCAACGGCAUUUGCUGUGUCGUUAUAUAGUUCAAUACACGUUUUUUUUUUCCAAAACGACCGCGGUUUGGCAUUGAACGUGUGUGUAUGCAUUGGACUGCCUCCCAAACUUAGCUCCGGAGAGAAUUACUUUGGAAAGACAUGCCACUGGCGAGUCCAUGACAGCGUCGUUUACCGUUGAUGAACAAACAGUGCCGUGUUUUCAGAACCACACUGGAGGGAAAAUGCCUAUAGCUGUUAUCAACUUGUAAGCAUUUGCCUAAUGAACAAUGUCUCCCAAGAUGGCUCUGAUUUUUUACCUACUCUGAGGUCAGACAGUUCUACCCGGGUCAAAACAAGAGAUCAUUGUUUAAUCACUGGGAGGUCAGUUAAGACCAUAGAGGAAAGACACAGGAGUUUAAACUGCCAGGGCUGUAACAUCUGGCCAAUUACCGCUUUUUGGCAUGCCUGGUAUGUCCGUUGUCAGAGUGCAAUGAAAGCUAGCCUUUC